AUGAAACCUUGCAUAGAGGGGUUCCUUAGUGGUUGCAGACCAUAUUUGGCAAUAGAUAGCACAUUCUUGACGGGCAGGUUCAAGGGGCAGCUGGCUAGUGCUACCGCCAUUGAUGGCCAUAAUUGGAUGUAUCCGGUUAGUUUUGGAGUCUUUGAUUCUGAAACUAACGAGAAUUGGAUUUGGUUCAUGCAAUUGCUAAGACAGGCCAUAGGAUCACCAAAUGGGUUGGCCAUAUGCACCGAUGCUGGUCAAGCAGUAAUGACAGGGGUGAAAGAAGUGUUCCCAGAGGCGGAACAUAGGGAAUGCAUGUUUCACUUGGUGACCAACUUCAAGAAGAAGUUCCAUGGGAAGGUGUUUGAUGACCACCUUUGGGCUGCUGCUUACUCAUGGAACCCAUAUUUAUUUGACAAACAUUGGGUUGCUAUGGAGACAACGAAGCCAACUGCAACUGCAUAUAUGAGGAAGUGGCACAAUAGGUUGUGGUCUAGGAGUCAAUUCUCAACUAUAUGCAAGGUAGAUUAUGUAACCAACAACCUGGCUGAGAGCUUUAACAAUUGGGUUAAGCACCACAAGUCCUUGAACUUGGAUGACCUCUUUGAUAAGGCGAGACAAUUGAUUAUGAUAAUGUGGAACCGAAGGAGAAAAGUAGCAAACGAGUUAGAUGGUUUGAUUCUGCCCCACAUAAUUAAGAAGCUGAAUGCAAUGACCAGGGAAUUAAACUUGGAGGUGGUAGAAAGCUCAGAAGAAGUGGCUGAAGCAACUGCAUUAGGUGGUAGUGGCUUUAGGUUUGUGGUCAACUUGCAAGAGGGGACAUGUUCUUGUCGACAAUGGCAAGUUUCUGGCCAUCCUUGCAAACAUGCUCUUGCAUUCAUCACGUCACUUAGCAAUGCACACAUACGACACUAUGUGGACUUGUAUUUCUCCAUUGACAAAUAUAGAGCAGCUUAUGCCCAACUAAUUCCUGCCAUGCCGGACAAGACCCAAUGGCCUAAAUCUGACCAUGGAUUCUUCAUGCAUCCACCACUAUUGAAGGCCACGGCUGGUAGGCGUAAAACUGAGAGGUACAAAGGUUGUGGUGAGAAGGAAAGGAAAAGUGGUCAACACUUAUGCCCUAUUUGUAAGGAAUAUGGGCAUCGUUGGCACAAAUGUAAGAAGGGAAACCCAGAGGACAUUGCUGCAAUGAUGGCUGUGAGAGAACCACCAAAGAAAAGGACAAAGACAACCAAAACAGCUGAGUUAUCCAUUGUGCCUUGUGAAGAUGGAGUACCAACAAGAAUGUGUUUUCCCCAAGCAAAAGCUUGGAAACUACAACCAAAAAAAGGGGAAGCAUGUUAACUCUAGUGCUGGAGCAUCAAAAAGCAAAAGCUUGGAGAAUUACAAACAAAAAGGGAAAAGGAGGGAAAUCUUAAUCGGUUCGAUCCAAGAGAUCAAGAACCGGCUCAAAACAGCCGGAGCCAAUUUCCAUUGAGUUUCCUAUGCCCAGCGAUGAAACAAAUGUUCCUAUGAAGGUUAGGGGCAAGAGUAAGGAGUGCACUGAAAAGAUUCCUAUGGUGCCACAAGACAGCCCAGCAAUGUGCACAAGAAGCAAAAAAUUUAACUCUGCAAGCCCAUCAAUGAGCACAAGAAGCAAAAGGCGGCUUAGUUUGUGAUUCUCAUGUUUUCCUUAAUGCCAUGGUUACUUUUGGAUGUCCUUUUGUGCUAUUCAUGUGAUGUACUUGUAAACCUGACUUCAUGUGUGAAACAGUAUGUGAUGCAUGCCAACUAGUACUGAUGUAUGUGGUGAAUGUGAACCUAAAUGUGAUGUAUGUGUGAA